AUGCGUGAAAUUGUUAACAUUCAACUUAGUCAAUGUGAUAAUCAAAUUAACAGUAAAUUCUGGGAAGUUAUUUCAUAUGAACACGGAGUUAAUCCAACAGGAAAAUUUCAUGGUGAUUCAGAUCUUCAACUUGAACGAAUCAAUGUUCAUUACAAUGGAACAUAUGUGUUUCAUUUUCCAGAUGGAAAAUAUGUUCCUCGUGCUGUUCUUGUCGAUCUUGAGCCAGGCACAUUGGAUUCAAUACGAAAUUCUUCAUAUGGUCAAUCGAGUGCUUCUAAUAACUUUGCCAAAGGCUUCUAUAUCGAUAGUGUUGAAUUAAUCGAACCAGUUAUGGAUAUUUUAAGGAAAGAAGUUGAAUCCUAUGAUUGUCUUCAAAGUUUUCAGUUAAGUCAUGCAGUUAGUGAUGGUACUGGUUUAGAAUUCGGUUCAUUGAUCAUUUACAAGCUUCAAGAAGAAUAUAAGGCUCGUUUAGGAACAGUUAUUGAUGAAUAUGCCUUAAAACCAUCAUCAUGUAAACUAGUUAAUCGUUGGACAUCACCAAAAACAUGUGAAAAUGAUGAUGGUAUUUGGUCUAUUCGUUAUAAUCGAGAAAUCGAUCACAUAGCUAAUCAAAAAUUAAAAGCAGCUGUUGAAUAUGAACGUGAAUUAAAAUAUGUUCUUACUAUUGGAAAUGAUUAUUUUGCUGUUGAAACAAAAAAUACUCUUGAAGUUCAUUCAAUCAAGAGAACAGAUCAUUAG